GAAAAUGACAAUAUUUGGUCAAAGAAUACGUUACAUAACUAUGCCAAAGGUAGAUAAUCUUCCUGAAGUAAUUACUAAAUGGGAGGCUAAAACUAGCAAUAAUGAUGGAAUACUUACGUCUAGACCGCGAAAAGUUUUAAAAGAAAACCAAUGCACACAGAAUGAUGAAAGUGAAGUAUGCCAUUCAAGUGUCAAUCAGACAGCUAAAAAACUUUCAUCUGUUGUUCAAAGCAUUUAUAGUCAAUCGGAAAAUGUUGCUGAGGAUAGUGAGAAUAAUGCAUAUCUAGAUGAAGAAGAUUUAAGAAAUUUUGCAUCUAUCGGUGCAGAACCAAGUGGUGAUAAGAAAAUCGAUUUAAUCAUGGCUCAGACAUUGAAAGUAAUUUAUGGCGAUCUAUAAAUCAUAAUACUACUACUAAUAGUAAUAAUAAUCAGUGACACUAUCAAGGAAGCGUGAAUGUUGCAAAAGAUACAAGAAUAUUUUUGAUAUACAUUACUACUUCAUUUACUAUCAUUUUUAAACGAUUCACCAGGUAGAUGAUCUUACUGUCUACUUGUGUGCAGAACUUCCUUUUUAUAUUUUGUGUAGCAUAAUUUCACAUUUUUGAAGAGUUGCAAAGUCAUCGACGCAUUUUUCUAUCAUUUUAUCCUCACUUUCUUUAAAAUUAUUAUAUUGCAUUUAUCGAUAAUCCAGAGAAAUAUAUAUAUUUUACUCUUAAAUGUUCUUUUCUCUUAUUUGAUGACUGGAAAACCCCCUUAUCUACUUGUUUCAAUAAUAAUUCGCUUCGUGAAACUAUUGAAUCAAAAUGUAAUUCAUCCUGCGUAACGAAGAGUUAGAUAAAAACGAAGUGAAUGAUGC